GUCCUUCACUCCGUUAUCAGUCUGGCUGGAUUCAGCCAAUGGGCUCUAUGGAUGGGCCUCGAUCGUCUGUAGGCUGUAGUCGGUCACUCGGAUUGCUUCACACCGAAAGCUACUGUAGGCUAUGUUGAUUCUGGUGAUUUCCCGACCUCAUCGGGUUCGGUAAAACGACAUCCUCGGAGCCGGGUUUGGGAAAGGAAAGGAAAGGGGACUAGGCAUCCGGCUCGGAGAGUGGCCACCUUGCACGGUGCGAAAACGGGGUAUUUGCGCUGGGGAGAGGCGUGGGGCCUCGAUCGGCGGGGCUGCACGGAGGGACAGGCGGGGACAGACGAACCGACCGAGUCGGGCUGGAUGCGCUGGACUCGGCCCGGAGCGCUGCGGUUCCAGCCAAGCACCAUACCACAGCCCAAGACAGAAAGACGAGACACGGACGUCGCUGUCUCCAUUCCGGACUAUAACACCAUUUCUUAUUUUUAUAACGGUUCUAUACUGUAGAGGAGAACAGGUGAGCUCACUGCCAGUCUAGACUGCUGCUGUCAAGCUAUUUCAGUCCGGACCGACUGGUUUUGGGAGAACGAACGGACCGGGUCCUGGAGAGUCCAGGGCGGGUUGUGGAGCUCGGAUCGCCCGCUGACGGCCUGCCAUCAUGGGCAACGUGCCCACGGCCAAGAAGGGGAGCGAGAUGGAGAGUGUGAAGGAGUUCCUGGCUAAAGCCAAAGAGGACUUUCUCAAGAAGUGGGAGAACCCUGCACAGAACACAGCGAGUCUGGAGCAGUUUGAGCGGUUGAAAACUCUGGGUACGGGUUCGUUUGGCCGCGUCAUGCUGGUCAAGCACAAAGAGACCGGGCAACACUUUGCCAUGAAGAUCCUCAACAAGCAGAAGGUUGUAAAGCUGAAACAGAUAGAACAUACUCUGAAUGAGAAGCGUAUUCUAACGGCUGUCAGCUUCCCUUUCCUGGUACAAGUAGAGUUCUCCUUCAAGGACAACACUAACCUGUACAUGGUGAUGGAGUAUGUACCUGGUGGAGAGAUGUUCUCUCAUCUACGACGAAUCGGCAGGUUCAGUGAGCCUCAUGCUCGGUUCUACGCGGCUCAGAUUGUCCUCACCUUUGAGUACCUGCACGCCCUGGACCUCAUCUACCGAGACCUGAAACCGGAGAACCUGCUCAUAGACCAGCAGGGCUACAUACAGGUGACAGAUUUUGGUUUUGCUAAGCGUGUGAAAGGUCGAACCUGGACACUGUGUGGAACCCCAGAGUACCUGGCCCCAGAGAUCAUCCUCAGCAAGGGGUAUAACAAGGCGGUAGACUGGUGGGCGUUGGGUGUGUUGGUCUAUGAGAUGGCAGCCGGUUACCCUCCCUUCUUCGCUGACCAGCCCAUACAAAUUUACGAGAAGAUCGUCUCUGGGAAGGUGCGUUUCCCCUCCCACUUCAGCUCUGACCUGAAGGAUCUGUUGAGGAAUCUACUACAGGUGGACCUGACCAAGCGCUAUGGCAACCUGAAGAACGGCGUCAACGACAUCAAGGGACACAAGUGGUUCGCCACCACUGAUUGGAUCGCUGUAUAUCAGAGAAAGGUGGAGGCCCCGUUCGUUCCUAAGUUCAAAGGCCCAGGUGACACCAGCAACUUUGAGGAGUACGAAGAGGAGGAGAUCAGAGUCUCCAUCAGUGAACAAUGUGCCAAGGAGUUCACUGACUUCUAGACCCAACCAGAUAGAGAGGGAUUGAAGGAAGAAGAUAGGGAAGGGGGAGAGAGGGAGAAGGAAGAAGGGAGGGAGAGAAGGAGAGGGAAGGAAGGAGUGGGAGAGGGGGAAGGAAGGAGAGAGAGGGCGAAGGAAGAAGAGAGCGAAGGAGAGGGAGAAGGAAGGAAAGAGGGAGAGAGAUAGGGAGAAGGAAGAAGAGAGAGAAGGAGGGAGAGAGGGAAGGAAAGAGGGAGAGAGAUAGGGAGAAGGAAGAAGAGAGAGAAGGAGAGGGAGAAGGAAGGAAAGAGGGAGAGAGAUAGGGAGAAGGAAGAAGAGAGCGAAGGAGAGGGAGAAGGAAGGAAAGAGGGAGAGAGAUAGGGAGAAGGAAGAAGAGAGAGAAGGAGGGAGAGAGGGAAGGUAAACUGGAGUACUGUCUCCUGUUGACUCACAAGCACCAGCUACGAGAGGGAGAGAAGAAGAGGGGAAGAUAUGGAGAGGAGAGGAGAGUAAACCAGCAGUGUUGCCCUUUCUGUCCCAUUUGUGUUUUUUCUACUGUUAUUUAUUUAUUAUUUAGUCUCUUUCUAUGCUUCAUCCUUUAUGGAGUGUUGGAGUGGGACCUGUCUCUGUAACAACUGUCUCCUAACUACCAUAUUGGGACAGGGCCAUUCUCUGUAACAACUGUCUCCUAACUACCAUAUUGGGACAGGGUCCUGUCUCUGUAAUAAUUGUCUCCUAACUACCAUAUUGGGAGAGGGCCAUUCUCUGUAACAACUGUCUCCUAAGUACCAUAGUGGGACAGGGACCUGUCUCUGUAACAACUGUCUCCUAACUACCACAUUGGGACAGGCACCUGUCUCUGUAACAACUGUCUCCUAUGUACUAGGCUAGCAUAUUGUUCCACACAUACUGGUAUGCUUUCUGAAUGGCCCCCUGUUCCCUAUAUAGUGCACUACUUUUUACCAGACCCUUAUGGGCUCUGGUCAAAAGUAGUGCACUCUAAAGGGAAUAGGGUGCCAUUUGGGACAAACGCACAAUACUCUGCACUCACCCCACCCUCCCCCUCUCCUACCCCCCCGGCGUGUGUCGUCGUCAUCCCCCCAGGUGGACCAAGCUCGAGGAAGCUACAGAAGGUCUUGAUGUUAUUGUUUCCAGUCUGGUGUGUUCUUCCUGUCCUUGUGUUAAUACAUACACUCAACUGUACACUUCUGUCUUGACACUAGUUCCGUUCAGAUGAAUAAUAAUAAUAAUAAUAUGCCACAUAGCAGAUGCUUCUAUCCAAAGUGACGGUCAGGUGUUCUGUUGUCUGGGUGUUGCCCAGCGGGAAUUGAACCUCUAGUGCCGUGAUGCUCUUAUCAACUGAGCCUCGUGGAACCAGUUCAUGUUCUGCCUUCUUAAUGACCUGAAUUCCUUUUCUCAAAUCCGGCCUAGUAGUUUACUCAUUCUCACGUUAAACACAUCAGAACUCAUUUGACAUCUUGUAUUAGAAAGGUGUAAUUACAUUCUCUAACUCAGUUGUCCAGGAUUGGAAAUACCAUUAUAUUAUCAUUAUUAUUAUUAUUACAUUGUCUUAACACUCUUCUCCUUUGAAUACAAUUCCAUAUUCUCUUCUACUCUUUAAUGUCGUGUACCGUCGCCUAAUAUCAUAGGGCACGUCCCAAAUGACACCAUAUUCCCUACUUAGUGCACUACUUUUGACCCAGACCCUAUAGAGUUCUCUGGUCAAGUGUAGUGCACUACUUUUGACCCAGGCCUAUAGAGCUCUCUGGUCAAGAGUAGUGCAUUAAGUAGGGCACAGUGUUCCAUUUGGGACGUAACCGUGGACAGCUGUUUAUCCCCUCCAUCACAGUCUCCUCAAUGUAUUUCUAGGUCAUCCUCCUCUCAGCCGUGGACAGGCACAAUGCUGGUGUAUAUAUAUACUAUAUACAUACUGUUGCACUUUCUAGGAAAAUCCAUAAGGCCUAUAGUCUUUUUAAACCAUAUGACUGGGGUUGCACAAUUCUAAAUUCCCUGGUUUUCCACAAAUCCUGGCUGGAAGAUUCCUGGAAAUAUGAGGGGAAUAAGCAGGAAAUCCUGGACUCCUUCCACCAGGAUUUCUGUAAAAACUGAGAAUUUGGGGAAAGUUCGGGACUGAAGCAGCCCUAUAUGAUCCUCAGCACUGCAAAGGAAGGUGUUUUAAAGACACUAUCUAAUACCACCACAUGAAAAACAAAACAAUAAAACACAAAGUGUAAUAUUUUGCAACUUGAGUAUCAGUACAAUAAAGUUUUACUUGAUAAAAUGACCAA